CGCUUACCGAUCGAUACUAAUGGAGGACUCGAAUUUUUCGGGGACUCUUGUGCACUCCGUAAAUUUUGUGAAUUCAGUGUCUGGACGAGUGCAAAUGUUUUAAAAAGUGUUGUUUUGAACGGGUUACAUCACAGCAAGUUUGCAAGACGUCUAAUUGGAUUGCAAAAUGUGCUUCAAAUCACGCAGGUCAUAAAGCUCAUCGGUUGAAGAGAAGAGACCAAGCGUGGCCAUAGUGGGUGGCAACUUGAGGUGCACAACCCAAUGGUCCUGGAGUUUAGCCGGCGGGACGAACGGGAUACAGACUACACCAUGAACUCCGCCGUCAGCACAGAAUCUAUGGAUAUGGAGGGGGAGGACAUGUCACAAGUUGACGGUUGCGGGUUGAGUGGGGCUUCGGACGACGACGACGAGUGCGCGUCCUCCCCCACCGGCUCCACGUACGAUGACAGCGCUGAUCUCAUCAAGAACGCCAUGAGCGAUGAAGUUACCAAGCAACUUGCAGCAGCUGGUCCGGUGGGCAUGGCUGCCGCAGCCGCUAUCGCGUCGUCGAAGAAACGCAAGCGGCCGCACUCAUUCGAGACCAACCCGUCCGUCAGGAAGCGACAUCAGAAUAGACUACUUAGGAAACUCAGACAAACAAUAGAAGAGUUCGCGACUCGCGUGGGCCAGCAGGCCGUAGUACUAGUGGCGACCCCUGGCAAGCCAAAUACCUCAUACCGUGUGUUUGGGGCGAAGCCUCUCGAGGACGUCGUACGCAACCUGCGCUGCAUGAUCAUGGAGGAACUGGAGAACGCACUCGCACAACAGUUCGGGCUGGGCGACGGGCCGCAGGCGCCGGCGCCGCCGCAGGAGGAUCCCUCGCUGUUCGAGCUGCCGCCGCUCAUCAUCGACGGCAUCCCCACGCCCGUGGAGAAGAUGACGCAGGCACAGCUCCGCGCCUUCAUACCGCUCAUGCUCAAGUACUCCAUGGUGCGAGGGAAGCCGGGUUGGGGCCGCGAGUCCACGCGACCUCCGUGGUGGCCCAAGGACCUUCCCUGGGCCAACGUCAGAAUGGACGCUCGUACUGAGGACGAGAAACAAAAGAUGUCGUGGACUCACGCACUCCGUCAGAUCGUGAUCAACUGCUACAAGUACCACGGCCGAGAGGACUUGUUGCCCGCCUUCACAGAGGACGACGAGAAGGGACCUUCUACACAACCCAUAUCGUCCUGUAUGCCGAGCGCUGCCAGUAACUCGUCAUCUAGUUCCACAUCUGCAGCGCGUAGCAAUCAGCAGCAACAAGCAGUGCUCACGUCACAACAAGUCUGCAUCGAUCAGAUGACCCUCGCUGAUGUUGAUAUGUCACAAUACGCGCCUGCUGUUCUACAAACAAUCACGAAUCCGGACGGAACCGUGUCUCUCAUCCAAGUCGACCCCAGCAAUUCCAUCAUCACAUUACCUGACGGCACUACUGCGCAAGUUAUUCACAGCGGCGAAGGCGGAGCAGGUAUACAGGCACUAGACGGUGACGGCGCGGUGGCCGUGGACCUCAACGCAGUGGCCGAGGCCACGCUCAACCACGACGGACAGAUCAUACUCACUGGGGAAGACGGACAUGGGUAUCCAAUCUCAGUGUCGGGCGUGAUCACGGUGCCGGUGUCAGCGUCGGUGUACCAGUCCAUGGUGGCGUCCAUGCAGCAACAAGAUGGCGGCGUCUGCGUCGCGCCGCUCGUACAGAACGGUGAGGGCUUGGAGACGAUUUCCAUGGGCGGCGGCGUCACGCAGGUGAUGCUGCAGGGCGGCGAGGGCGCGCAGGUCUUACAGGUGCUCAGUCUCAAGGACGCUACUGUACUCACCAAGGCCAUGCAAGUAAAAGCGGAACGUGACGCUGUAGUAACAGAUUCCUAGCUGCUAACUCUGGUGGCGAGCUCGCCGCCGCCUGACGGAGCCUCGGACUGCCCCGAACUGAUGAACGACGUGACAUAACCCCCGCGGCAUCCACCCACUCUACACUUCCACGAACACACAUACAGACAACGGACACUUAUACGAAGCGGCUCGGAAGGCGAGGCCUAGCUACUCUAAUUGUUAUUCUAAACAUAGAGGCAUCAUCUAGUGUUGCAGUCAACGUAAACAAGUGAAUUAAUAAAAAUAGUUAAUUAACUAUAGUGACCAUCGGCAUUUGGCGCUACCGCCGCGCAUUUAUUCAGAUCGUACUACUCAAACGGAAUGUUAGACAUGCGCGGCGGCCGGCCGAGACAUCAAGUACGGCAUAGCAAUCGAGUCCAGUGAUGUCGGAGUGAUUUUGAAUUUUAGAAAUAAAUUUACCAUUAUAUUAGACUUAAAUUUUGCCAUGAAAUGGGAUUUAAUUUAUUUAAAUUAUUUCAUCGUAACUUAUUAUUUAUUGACGUGAAAAGUAAGACUAAUUUAUUUUUAGAGAUGCAAAUCUACGUAUGGUGGGGAACAGAUUUGUGCAAUACCUAAUUUAUAUACCAGCCGCGUUUAUUUUGUAUAGAACUCCCGUUGCGAUAGUAAGCAGGUGCACUAGUGCCAGGAGGUUCAUAUAGUAAUCGUAUACAUUCCUGUAAUAUUACAAGCGAGUUUGUUGUGUACAUUUGUUGUUUAUGUUUAGUUUGUCUUUUGUUUGUUAUACACCAAUCUAUUUAUUUAAUCUAGUCUAAACCAAGUCAAAGCAACCUAUUCUAGUCCGAGUGAAUAUAUUUAAGAACUUUACCAAAACUUUUCUAUAACAUAAGUUUUGUAAAUUAAUGUAAUUUAACUUGUCCUCUGUAAUGUAAAUUCGUUUAAAGAAACAAUAUUAUAAUUCCUGCGCAGGGUUACUACAUAGAUGACGACGUUAGUGUUUAUCGGUGUUUAAAUCUUAGGAAUGUAAAGACUUCCACUUUUGUGAAGUCACUACGAAAAUAAAGGUAGAUUAAUAGGUAAUAUUGUCCAACGUUGUACAUCUGGUUUCUUUUCAGUCAGCCUGCUCAUAGGAUUCUCAAUGUAAUUCACAUUAAAUUUAAAUAACCGAUUCGUUGCGGAUGGCACGACAGACGUGCCAUCCAAUUUUUUACAUAUGGCGUAUGACACGCGUUUCGUGUCAUUUUUAAAUGUCUUUUAUCUCGCUCAAAUCGAAAAUAAAUACAAUUCAAGGGUAAACAAGAAAAAAGAACAUUUUAUUCUGUACAUGGCUGAUGGCACAAUAGGCGUGUCAUCAACUGAUAUGGCGCUUGACACGACUGUCGUGUCACGAAAUAUUUGUUCGUCGCCACGCUUAAAAGUGCACCAAAAUGGGCGUCGCAACGAAUCGGAUAAGGUUUAUAGUCGAGACUAUAACUUAAGGUAGAGUUCAUAGAAAAGUACAAAAGUGCAAAACUAUUAUGAUGUGCGGAAUAAUAUAGUUGUUUUUUAUAAAACACGAACGAAUAGUACUUACCUAUUUAUUUAUUCAGAUUUGUUUUAUUUAUUUUCCAUAUUUUAUUUUUGUUUUAUUUACCAAAGAACGUUUAAGUUUUGUCCUCUAAGAUAGCACAAUUUUGUUGUUAAGUACAAUUUGUGAUUGUAAAUAAUGGUAUGACUGUGUGAAUAUGGCAAUCAUUAAAGUAUUUACGUACA